AGCCGAAGCAAAAGUCUGUGGAUUUGAGGAUGGGCCUCACAACGGCUUCAGUAAAUGCAGACAGAAAAUUGAUUUCUGAGAUUGAAAGAGUUACGAAGAAGAUACCGCCUUCUCAACUUUGCAUUCAGCUCCUCUACGGCGGGUGUGCUGCUGUUCAAGACCACUUUUCGCUCGCACCGAAGCCUGAGGGGGAAGAUACUACGACUCUUGCUAAAACCAUCUCAUUCCUCACUUCCAUCUUUUCAUCAACUGCAAAGAAUCAAAUUAAAAUCCCUUCAAAAGAAAGCGACGACCUCUUAUCAACUACGCUUCCUCUGUCUGGCCACGGAAAAGUUUUUAUUGGAUUUUCCACGCAUCAGACUACAGGCGCUGGCUACCAUCUGUCUUCCGCCUUCUAUCCCACCGUGGAACGAGAGAACGUGGACUUUGUUGAUCCUGCCUUGGCCCGCUGGAAUAAAGAGCUUCUCUUCGCAUGCGGAAUGGUCGCCCGGCUAAUUUAUGAAGAGGAAUUUAUUCGGCUGAGCAUUCCAGGCGCCCUAUUGGAUGCCUAUCAAAACUGGAGGACGUCCGAACUUUUAGCGAGUCAUUAUGCCGCUGAUGGGCUACUUUCGUCUGAUAAUGAACUGUUCCGUCUUAGAAAUGCCGUCCUCGAUAGCGCCUCUUUUCUGUCAUCCACUUUUCAUCAUCGAGUGACUACUCCCAGCGAAAAAGUGGGGGAGUACCUUCGCUCGGGGUUUUUCUGCUCCUCGUUACCCUCACUGGCCGUAUUUACUACAAACGGGGUCAGAAUGGCGUCGCAGUCCAAACUUCCCUACCUCGGAUUGGAAAACUUUGUGAGACGCACUCGAGAUGUCAUCCCUUUAAUAUUUUAUAAGGCACAUUCAGCGUUUUUCGCGACUGUGCCGGGGCUCGUGCGCCUCAACGGAAGUGAUUUGGUUUCGGAGUUGAAGGAGCGCGUGUUCUGCGUUGAUGAAUGCGUAGCUCUAUUAAAAUGGAUUAUUAAUACGAACAAGAAAAAUUACCAGCAACAAGAACACCAGUAUUUGCGCAACAUUUGGAACCUCUUAAGAGUAAACGUUCCCGUUGGUGAGGCUGGCCAUUACAAGGCAUAUAGUUUAGUAGAGAUGCGAUAUUAUAGUCCCAAGAGCUUAUUUGGCGGGGUGCCCCUUCCCGCAUCUGUCCUCCCUCUACCAAUGGCUGCUCGUUUUUCUUCAAAAGAACUUGAAAUAUUUGGAUUGCGAGUGCUUACUUUAUUAGAGUGGCUUAAGUUUACUGUUUCUGAGCACAUUGACGAACUUCAAAGCGAUCCGGACUUUUCUACUUCGAUCCUCACUGUAGCCUCUAAAGAGUUUAGCAAGUUAGAUGCUUCGACCCAAGCUGAAGUCGUAGAAACAUUCCGCUUGUUGCGCUGUAUCCCGACUACACAAGCAAUGCAGCUCCCCGGAGCUUGUUACUUUAGUCAGUUAAGCUUCUUUUCUGAUAUCCCUAUUGUAACGCUCAAGCCGUCUUCUGUCAAUAAGAAGUUCAUAACUGCGCUUGGGGUGCGGCAUUCGGUCUCACUUCAGCUAAUCCUCGAGAGACUUGAUACUUUGUGCUGGGAUAACUAUAAGUUGGUUAACUACUUGUCCUCCAUCGAAACGGAAAUAUCUCCGUUAGAGUGGCAGAUUCUAAGAGAGAAAUCUUUUUUGCUGGAAGAGAGGGCCGGCUCCUUUUCUAUUGAAAGAAAGAGAAUGCGCGCCUCCGAACUUGCCAUCCCCACUGACAAAAACCGAGCUAUUGGUUGUUCUCUGCUGGAGUGGAGUCGUAACUGGAGAGCCUCGUCAUCUGAAGCGCUUCUUCUGAAGAGGAUUGGGUUAAUGGACCAUCCCCGCCUCGAGUUCCUUCUGACCACCGCUGCUCGUCUGCCUUCUCAACAGGCUCCACUCACGAGAGAGAAUUUCCUUGCCUUGAACUAUUUGUUGGCUAACUUUUCUCUUUACAAACAACAUUAUAAUAAGUCGACCUCUGUAAAGUUCAUUCCUUGUAGCGUUGAGCCUGACGUGACGGUUAUGUUGUACUCGCCUUCCGAAUGUUAUUGUUCGCCCGAAGCCCGCUUGUUCGGACUUCCAGUCGUGUUGGAGGUUUUUUUUGACAGCGUGCACCUCCUGGGCGUCCGUUCUGACCCUCCCGGAGCACUACUGGUCGAGUGUUUGAGUAAACGAAGGUUGGUGGACCACGCGGUUGCAUGCCGUGUUUUCUCGUAUUUGGCUUCGUGUGCUAACACAUUUUCAUCCGAAAUAUACAAGAAAUUUUUUGAAAUGGAGUUUGUACCGUUGGACUCUCCUUCAGGGGAUUCUCUUGUGUACGGAAAACCAUCUGAAGUUUACUUUGACCUGCCCGACGAGUACAAGGAUUUAUUUCCCACCGUCGACUUUGGUGCUCAGGGAAAUACCUUCCUGCGGCUCUGUGGCGCAAAGGACAGGCCUACCGUCGAAGAUUUGGCUCUCAAACUCACUUCACAACCAGAAGACCUCUUUCGAGCCCUUGGUGGGCCAUGUGGCUAUCUGGCAGUUGUAAGGGAACUUUCCGUCCACUUUCGACAGUUUUCGACCCAGUUGCUUUCGAAACUUUCCUCCUCGCGCUGUUUGCUGGCAUGGAAAACGACUUCUGAAGCUGAUGAUUUGGAGGCUUCUCUCUGCGUCUUCUACGAAUUGUGUUGUGCCAAUGAAUGUGUCAUAGCUGACGAGGCUGUGAUUCGCCAGUUGUUUAACCCCUUAUCCGCCCCGAGCGAGACGACCAUUGAACUUUUUUACCACGCUCUUGGGGCGCGCUACAUAUCACGAGAGGCAACAACUACAAUAAAGUUGAUAGGAAAGCCUAUUGUGGAUGACACCGCGUUGGCUUUGAAGAGCGCAAUACUACAGCGUUUGCCGUUACUUCAAUACGCCUAUUCUCAAAGUCACGGCCCUGGUAGUGGUUCCAACUUUGCUAGUCUUCAGGGCCUAGAAGUGCGUUUAUAUAAACAUCUUAAAAAGGAGAUGACGUUUCGCGGUAAAACUAAGCACCAGCCCACCACUGCUGCCCCUCUUGCAGGUUUAACCCUAGCGGCCACUGCAGCGUAUGACUACCACGAUGUUGCUACGGCACUUACCUUCAUGACCAACAAGAAGACUUCCCCUAACGACGCUCUUCUAUUUGCUGCUUUGCUUGCUACACCUUUAAUUGGUCUGAAGGCGAAAGGUUAUCCUAUUGAAAGGCUCCUGCAAGUGCGCCCUUCCGAAAGCGCCACUCAUUCCGUCGAGACGCCGAAGGACGUAUUUGACUCGAAUACUUCUCUCGAUAAUAGUUUUUCUCGUCAAGUUAAACUCGUGGAGAAAUUGAAAAAAAAGUUUUCUAAAAUUUCUAAAGAUGAACUACUUCAACUGUUAAUGAAAUUCAAAGAUUACAAUGAAGUUGAAAAUUACUUACAUUCCUUUGAAAAUGCUAAAAAGCCACAAACUCUUGCUGGGAACUUGUUUAAUGCGAUCAGGAGAUGCCGGCCUCACAAUAAAAGGACCGUGGACAACGAGCCCCGACGACUGAUUCGACCGACGGCUAUGGAAACCACGUGCGAGGUUAUUCCAGCCAACCAUCUCACCUUUCUGAGGGAAGUAGAAGGUAUCGAACUUUAUGUCUCGCGUGGCGCCAGCGACUCUGAUGUUUUUGCAAACUCUUCUGUAUGCUUUUCACACGUCCUGAAGCAAAUGGGAAAUAUCUACCAGCUUCCACCACGUGCAAUUCACAUGUUUUUGGGUGAGGAAAACAGCACGGUGGUGGCAUUUAACAACGCAACAUCUUCUGGUUAUUCGCUGUUUUUCAACCUCAACUACUUUCACCGACUUCAUUAUAACGAAGGAAGACGCCUCAACAUUCGCUGUUAUUUUUAUUGGUACUUGGUGUACGCUCACGAGUUAGCUCAUUGCUUUGAGCCUUUACAUAAUCAGCAGUUUAUAACUUAUUUUGGUGCUUUUGCUGAAGAGUUUUAUGAAUCUUUUUUAGCGGCCAACCCCUCUUUUUCUGUUUAGUGCUUUGCGG